GAGUGAAAAUAUAAAAUAAUGUCAGUUACCUUGCAUCUCUGAGCAACAUGAUUUAAGAGUCAAAGAGUCAAAAACUCACUCAUAAAAACAAUUACCUAUCGCAACCUACUGGCCCCAGAGAGACAGUGAAAAAGUCCCUGAAUAAUUCCAACCAGCCUCUCCGGACUGUGAACAAUAUUGUUUAAUAUUGCUUAAAUCUAAAACAGAGUUUCUAAUCAAAAUCAGAUCAAAGAGCACUUUGGUUUAAAUUCACUCUCCACUUAGCUGAACAACAAGUAUCAGAGGGAUGGUGAAUUGACCUUGUGGCAGCUCGGCACUGUGUGUAGUGGGAGGGGAGACAGACGAGAGGAAAGUCUGCAAGUGUAAUAGAAACAGAGCAAGAGAGAUAGAGAGACAGAGAGAGAGAGGGAGCGUAGCACCACUUUACUGAGCAGAGCAAAUAGUAAAGAGUUGUGGCUGGGACUGUCCAACCACUUGGACACAGAGAAGCACAGCAAACAAAGCACACCAUCUACAACAAUGAAUGACAUCAAACUGGCCCUGCUGGGCAGUGAGGGAGCAGGCAAAUCUGCGGUUUUGGUGAGAUUCUUGACCAAGCGGUUCAUAGGAGAAUAUGCGUCAAAUGCCAACUCCUUAUACCAUAAAAGGCUCUCCAUUGAUGGAAGACAGUUGAACUUGGAAGUCUUUGAUCCGUGCUCGGAGAGUGGAGAAAGCAGAUGUAUCCUGGAGGAACCGGUGGAUUGGGCUGAUGGCUUUGUGGUGGUGUACACCAUCAGCGACCGUACGUCCUUCCUAAAUGCCAAAAACAUCCUGGCACAGAUCAAAGAAAGUCGGCGAGAAACCUGUAAAGGGGAGGUUCCCAUUUGCCUGGUGGGUAACAAGCAGGACCUAUGCCACAGUCGUCAAGUAAGUGAAGAGGAGGGCCGCUCUCUGGCCCAAGAGAACAAAUGCCUCUUCCAGGAGGUGUCGGCGGCUGAGAACUACUUGGAGAUCUCCAACCUCUUCACAAAGCUCAUCCGGCAUGUGAUGGAACAGCUUAAGCUUAGAGGUGACCGCAGGCGGUACAGUGGCUCCAAGUCCAUGGCCAAGCUCAUCAACAAUGUCUUUGGCAAGAGGAGAAAGUCUGUUUGAGUGCAGAACAUAAAAAAGCCCAGAAAAGAGCAUUUAAUCAGCAAUAGAGAUGUGUCCUUGUUAAGCCUAAUGUUCUCGGAAAAAUUUUAAUUAGAAAUAUGCUGCGUAAUUCAAAUAGGUAUCACUAUGAGAGACCCCAUGCUGCAGCCAAGAACAUUAUAUAGAGCAAUGCUUCUCAACCUUUUUGACCCAUUGUCACAAAAAUAUUUGAAGGCCCCAAGACUUUUCCAGUGGUUCAUGGGGGAGGGGGGCUGGGGGUGGCAGGGAGUGCAUGAUUUAAAGGGGCCACAGCCUGAAUCAGUGCAUAGUUAAUGAUGCCCCAAAAUAAGCAGUUAAAAAAAUAAUUAAAAAAAAUAUUUUGAGCUGAAACUUCACAGACACAUUCAGGGGACUUAUAUUACAUCUUGUAAAAACUGGUUCUAGGGCACCUUUAAGAUUUUAAUAAUUUACAUGACUUUUCCAUGUCUAGAAAUCACAGUUUUAAAAUCAAAUAUCCAGGUUUGUCAAGACCAUGGAAAUCCUGGUUGUUCAAAGACAAAAAACAGUUGUUCAGGGCUAAAUUAAUAAAAGAAAUAUCUUGA